CAUGUUUCAAAGUCAAAAUAAACAAAUUACAUCCCUUGAGUUGCGAAAACGUGUAGUACACAAAAUGAUUGAAAAUCGCUUAUUUUUGAUGUUUUUCACGAGUAUUUUUAUUGUGGAAACCGCUCAAAUCACAAAGGACAAAGAUAACCCGUCGAUCAACCAGUCAAACGAAUUCAACCCGCUGGGCCCGUUGGUCAAGUGUUCCUUCUUACCUCUCGAAUUUAUGGACUGCGACGAACCACUGGAUCACAAAGGCAAUCGGACAGCGAAAGAGGAGCAAGGUCACGGUUGCGUAAAGUUCGGAGGUGUUCACUACGAUGAUGUGGAAACGACCCGUGUCAAGUGCGUGGUGUUCGACAACAUCGAAUGCUUUGGUCCGCGGGAAUUUAUGCGGGAUGGAUUCCCGUGUAUCAAGUACACGGACCAUUAUUUCGUGACUACGCUGCUGUAUAGUAUACUGCUGGGGUUUUUGGGAAUGGAUCGGUUUUGCCUAGGGCAAACCGGUACCGCGGUCGGAAAACUUUUAACUCUGGGCGGUAUUGGGAUUUGGUGGAUCGUGGAUAUCGUGCUGCUGAUCACGAACAAUUUGUUGCCAGAGGACGGCAGUAACUGGAAUACGAAGGUGUAACGGAAAGAUUCGACUUUCGCGUUAUGGUAACUGAUAAUGACAUGUACAUAGAGCUAUUUGUUGUAAGACCAGAUAAUUGUCCAGAUAGGUGUAUAUUUCGAAGAUAGUAAUGCUCACAGAAAUGCAAAAAAGUGAGUUUGGCUAUGAGCAAACAUUUUUUUCAAAAGAAUUCUACUCUUGUUUGUAUUUUAUUUUUCUAUACAUAUUUGAUAUUUGUUGCAUUAAAUUAAGAAUUAUGUAAUCUAAACAGUGAUAUCAUCACACGUAUGGGCGAGUUUAAUUUCAAUUUCAAAAUCUUAAUUUAUUACAAAAUAUACUUCGUACAAUUUAACGCUAUUAAUUAUUACAAUUGUUUUCUUCUAUUGAACGUGUGUAUUCAAUAUGUACAUAUUCCAUUCGCAAUCGAAUGAAAUGUUUCGACAUAUAAAAUCAAACUUGUGGUACAUCUUAAUAUCGAAUAAAUUGUAAAUAAUAAAUUCAGCUAUUUCGAAUUGUCA